ACAGCGCACCGCCCGCGGCACGGCCGUGUCGCCCUGUGCGCAUGCGCGGCGCGGCGCGUCCGUUUCCAUGGCGACGGAGAGGCGCCGCGAUGAGCGAAGCGGAGCUGGACGCGGCCGUGGCGGGGAAGUACGAAAUGAAGAGGCGGCUGGGAAAGGGGGCUUACGGCAUUGUAUGGAAAGCCAUCAAUCGCAGGACAGGAGAAAUAGUUGCAGUUAAAAAGAUUUUUGAUGCUUUCAGGAACAGAACGGAUGCUCAGAGAACAUUUCGUGAGAUUAUGUUCCUACGGGAAUUUGGAGAGCACCCAAAUAUCAUCAAACUGCUUGAUGUUAUCCGAGCUCAGAACAACAAGGACAUCUACCUCAUUUUCGAGUCUAUGGAGACAGAUUUACAUGCUGUGAUUAAGAAGGGGAAUGUACUGAAAGACAUCCACAAGUGUUACAUUCUCUAUCAACUCCUGAAAGCCACUAAAUUCAUCCAUUCAGGAAAUGUUAUUCACAGGGAUCAGAAGCCUUCGAAUAUCUUGCUGGAUGCAGACUGCUUUGUGAAGCUCUGUGAUUUUGGGCUGGCCCGUUCUUUGUGUCAGAUGGACGAAGAACAAAGCAGCCCUGCCUUAACAGAGUACGUGGCCACACGCUGGUACCGAGCCCCUGAGAUCCUGCUUUCCUCCCGGAGCUACACUAAAGGGGUAGACAUGUGGAGUAUUGGCUGCAUUCUGGGUGAGCUGCUGCUUGGAAAACCUCUUUUUCCUGGAACAUCAACCAUCAAUCAAAUAGAGCAGAUCUUGAGGGUCAUUCCUGCCCCAUCGCCGGAAGAUAUUAUGGCUAUGCAGUCAGACUACAGGGCCUCGAUUAUUGACCGCAUGAGUUCCCGGCAACGGGUAACGUUUGAGGAGAUUUUACCAUCCUCUACUCCUUUGCCUGCCUUAGAUCUUCUGAAGAAGCUCUUGGUGUUUAACCCUGAGAAACGACUGACGGCAGAGGAGGCCCUCCAGCAUCCAUACGUGAGAAGGUUUCAUUGCCCUGCCAGGGAGCCCUCUCUGGGUUACGAUGUGAUUCUUCCUUUGGGUGAUGACACUCAGCUGUCUGUGGCAGAAUAUCGAAACAAACUGUAUGAGAUGAUCCUUGAAAAGAAAAUAAAUGGCAAUCCAAAGGAGCAAAUGCAGAGAGGAGGCACUGCAUUGAGUCAGUCUCAACCCAGACCAUUCUUUCCAUAUUCCAAUCCUGCGACUUUAACCACCAGGAAGAGCCUCAGAGUGCCAACACCGCCUCUGCCCGAGCAGCCACACGUGGGUGCUGGGAGUGCAGGCGGUGUCCAGGCAGAGCUGUCCAACCUGAGCAAAGACUUCUCAGCGUCGUCGUGUCAGACAUCAAAGAUCAGUGUGACAUACAACCCCAUCACACACUCUGCUGUUCGAACAGGUAAUGCAAAUUCUGGUGCUGUGAUCAGGAACCAUUCUGCACCACCUCCUCAGCAGAUGAGAACUGUCACCAAUGGGAAGCAGAGGAGACAAAUUGCGUGGGCAAAUGCAAAUCCUCAGCUGCUUCCUGCAAGUGUACAGAACAACCUUUCCUGUAACCCACGAAAUACUGAAUUUCACAGCAGAGAUGUUCACCCCCUUCUGAAAUGCAGUAAGAAGAUGUUCCGUAUUACUGCGAACGUGGGAGCUGCCGGCGAUCCGAAGGCAUCCAUGGGCAGUUAUUCUCAGGCCUAUGGAACCAUAUGCAAAUCUGCACUGCAGACUCUUCCGAUACGAAAUUCCUCCCAGCAACACAAGGAGCCAACAUGGAAGAGUUCAAACCAGGCCUCAUCAGCCCCCUAACGAAGCCGGGAGCAGCAAACGGGAGCUCAGUAUAAAAGCUGUCCCAGCUGAACGGGAAUUCAUUGCUUGGAACAACGCGCUGCUUUCCUGGGACAAACCAACAGGGAAAAGAAAUGAAUCCUUUUGCCUUCCAGCCUUCCCAGCUGUUUGCUCCCAUACCGUGAGAGUCCUGUCCGUAUUCCUGAUUUUCACUGCUGCAGAAAAUCACGGAGCGCUGGCUGUCUUCAGACGGUCACGUUUCUUCAGCAGGGUCAGAGGCACUGCCUCGGCCCAGGCCUUUCUCGAGCAGAACAAUUAACUGUCUGCUUCCUGAAGAUCAAGGAGGCUGAACUCUUCAUCCUUAUCUUCAUCUUCAAGCCCUUCAUUUUGUAUCACACUAACUGAUGUAUGACUCUUUCAGGGCAAGCGAAUGAAAGCCUGAAUAAGCAAAAUCAGUGAUGAUUACUUUCAACGCAAGCAAGUAGAAAAGCCUUUGAAGUAUGAGUGGGCUCUGCUAGAAUACUUCAUACUCUACCUACCAUGUAUUCAUCAUAUCAGCACUGCAGUAAUAAAUCUUCUGUGUUGCACUACAGAAAAAACGUAUAGUUUAGUGGCUGUUUGCAGGGGGAAAUGUACAAGGGAUGCCCUGUUCAAUAUGCAAGAUGAUGGCAACUUCUUUUCUUUCAGAAAGCAAGAGGUGCUGUUGCUGCAGCAUCACGAAGCUGUCACCAGGCAGCAGUGGGACUGCAGCGUCACAGCCCAUAGUUUUCAUUGGUCCUUUACAUAGAGUCCAUUUUGAAACUGGUCAAAUGCUGAUUCUUUAUACAUUCUUAUUUAAUUUCCAUAGGUCUCUGUCCCUGAAAUUGUACUUCACUUGUGAGAAGUUAGUGUUGUUAGCUUUGGAACUAUGGUUAAAGAGAGAAUUCAGGCAUUAAACUGAAAAUGUGAGUAGUGCUGCCAUUGAUAGCUUGUCCAUCUUAUUUUUUAGUACCUAAACACCGAAGUCUAUGGCUAAAUUAAAAAGAAAAUAGCACCUUUAUGUUUGGUAUCUAGUCUUGUCACCUAAGUCUGGCAGGGGGUUGGAAAUGCAGCCGUAUAAAAUCCUAUUUUAUCCUGCUCUAUUCAUAAAACAGGCAAUUCCUGCCUGCCUCUGAACAGCUGAUAGAGCAGAGGGGGAGGUCUGUGCAGGGAGCAUCCAACACAGCGCGUUGACCUGCACUCUGAGCUGCCGGUUCUCGUUCACUGCAGCAGGAGCGCGGAGCUCAUUUUCGGGCUGUGAGUCCAGGGCAGCACCGACGUCUCGCAGGUCUCUUCCAGCCUUGGUGAUUCUGUCGUUCUGUGAUCCAGCGCUCACUGCGAACAAGGCUCAGGCUGAGAAGUGAUGGACUGCAACCCUACCUUUGUAACGGCCUCAGAAUGGCUUCUGUCCUUACCAACGGAAUUGUUCAGCUCUAUGGAGAAAGACCUGGGGGUCCUGAUGGAUGAAAGCAGGAUGUAGAAUGGCCUGGGUUGAAUGGGACCACGAUUCUCAUCUGAUUCCAACCUGCUGUGUGCAGGGUCACCAACCACCAGAGCAGGCUGCCCAGACAACCCAAAGGUGUCACAGGGAUCCAUAGGGUACCAUAGGAACCCACAGGGUGCCAUAGGAACCCACAGGGUGCCAUAAGGAUCCAUAGCAUGCCAUAAGGAUCCAUAGGAUGCCACAGGGAUCCAUAGUGUGCCAUAGAGAUCCAUAGGGUGCCAUAAGGAUCCAUAGGAUGCCACGAUAUACAUAGGGUGCCAUGGAGAUCCAUAGGAUGCCAUAGGGAUCCAUAGGAUGCCAUAGGGUGCCAUAGGGAUCCAGAGAAUCACAGAAUCCUAGAACGGCCUGGAGGACCACAAUGCACCCAGCCCAUGGCAGUUGGUUGGAACUGACUGAUCUGUGAGCUUCCUUCCAACCUAAGCCUUUCUGUGACUAUGACUCAUUCAGCAGUAUUUGCACAGAACCCACAGCAGCUGCUGACCGACUCAGCACCACAAGAGAUGAGCCAUUCUAGUUCUG